AUUUCUCAUCUUUUUGGUGGGUAUUGUACUUUUGCUUGAGGUUAUUUUUAUCUAAGUUUUAGUAAUGAUACCCAUGUGAUUUAUGAGUAUUGGAAGUGAUAUUUGUGUGUUUUUAUGUAUGGGUUUUGUAUUGGUGGAAUUAUUUGAUGAGUGGGUAUAUGGUUUGUGCUAAUGAUGACUAAGUAAGGGUUAUUUAUGGUGGAAAAUUUAGGGGUUUUAAGUUAUAACAUGUAAUGGUUGGUAAAUUUAAUUUUUCCCAUUGCCAUUGGGUUUAUUUGGAAUUUGUUGAAGUUCUAGAUUUCUUAUCUUGGAGGAUAUAUUGAUUUUGCUUUCAUAGGUCUCUUAAUGAUGUAGUGUAAAAUUUAUGGAAGCUAGUCAUAAUGUUGGAGAUGAUAUUAAAUUUGUUAACUUUAUAAAUUGGAGUUUAUGCCUUGUUAAUCAAUUUGUUGAGAAACUAUGGAAGUGGAAUAUAUUAUUAUUGAUGAGGUUAAAUACUAGGCUUGCCUAAUUAAGUGAUUAUUUGGUAAUUCCUAAAUUGUAGCUAAAUACAAUUUUAAGUUUUAUGCUUAUUGUAUUAGGUUUGCUUGAUAUUGUUAAGGUUCUAGCUAAUCUCCUUUGGAGGUUGGAGAAUUAGGCUUUUUGCGGGUUGCAAGCGGAAGCUAGUAAUAAAGUUGCACAUGACUGGUGACAAAUGUAGAACCAAGGCCUUGAAGCUUGCUGCAAGGGCAGAAGGUGUGACCUCCAUGGCAAUCGAAGGAGAUGAUAGAAGUCUGGUGGUAGUGAUAGGAGAUGAAGUUGAUUCGGUUUGCUUGACCCGGUCGCUGAGGAAGAAGGUUGGCUAUGCCACCAUAGUGAGUGUGGCACAACUGGAAGAAAGUGAUGAGAAGAAAGAUGAAGAAGACAACCCAACUCCAACUAUAUGUUAUUCGAGUUAUGACCAAUAUCCACAGUUCCCCUCAUACUACAGAGUGAUUUUUGAUCCAUGGCCUAGCAAUUGCUUCUUCGUGUGACACAUUUGGCAUAUUGCAACCUGAUCUGUGAGACGUAAAAUUUUUCUUUGGUUUGGUCAGGCUUCUUGUUUGUAGUGUAUCCUAUAUAUAUAUAUAUAUAUAUAUAUAUAUAUAUACAUAUGUGUGUGUAUGUGUGAGAGAGAGAGACUUCUCCUGUGCUAAUAAAGUUAUAUAUGUAUUCUAAGACAAAGGGUGGGUGCAUUGAUUUUUCUUCACUCUUAAAUUAUUUGGUUA